CCGACUUGGUUACGAGAAUUUGAUCUGCAGCAUGUUUACAGUUAAAUCAUAGAAUUAUUCCAUGACAUAAAUUAAUUAGUCAAAGCUUUUCUACACAAACUAGGGAUCUGGGUUACUAUUGUGUCGUGACAAUAAUCAUAACCGUCCACAAUGCCCGUUUAUCUUCGCAAGAACGUCGUGUACACUCCUCCGUCCAUAGAAAACGUAUCGGAUGAAGAUGAAGAUGACUAUAUUCAAGAUCCAGAACAAAUACGUGAUGUUUUGCCACAGCCUUAUCGAAUGAUAAACAAAGUUAUUAAUGGCGUUCUUGACGAUGUUUGGGAGGACGUGUCACAGAAAGAAAGUGCUCGAUUUGCAGAGCAGAGCAAGAUCAGACCACCGAAAUAUGAUUGUGCAGUUGAAAUUCAGAAUCAGACACAAGCAACAUCUUUGGCAGAUAGUGGUGAUGGCAGAUAUAUUUUCAUUGGUCUGCCAAAUGGAUUAUCAGUAAUGGAUGCAUCUACACAGAAACCAAUCACAAUAUGGGAAGAGGACAAUAUGGAGAUUGUCAAUAUCAGAUCACAUGUCAUGGGUGUCCAGACCUAUCUCAUAGUCACCCUUGACGAUAUGGGAACUGGAAGAUUAUUUGCCUUUGCAUUUGAUUGUCUUUUCUUGCUGAAAGUUCUGAAUGAACAGGACAGUGGAGUGAAAAAUUUGGUCAGCAAAUGUGAAUCUUCCAACGAAGGAGACUACAUGGGACUAAUGUUAGAAAACACGAGUACAAAGGAGAUAUGGUUGGAGAUUCACAAGCUACCACGAGAUGCUUGGCUACGGGAACUUGAGGCUAUCCAGGCACAGAUUACCCCCAAACAGAAUCCACAGGAGGAAUCAUCUGGUGAGGCCCAGAAUACUGAAAGUCAUGGUACUGAAGGGGAGACAACUCAGCUAAUUAAGCAGGUACAUGAGAAAUCACGCUCUAGCAGUGCAUCAUCGGGAAAAUCGUCAGCAUCAUCUGAUAGACAGAGAAAGAAAAAACGCUCAGACUCCAGGAAGGGGCGUGGCAAAGAUCGAAGUGGUUCCCCCAAGCCUUCCACUCCACCCCUCAUGACUGGUAACCCUGGAGACAAGGCGUCAUACAAGUUCACCGCACCCAACAUGGUGCUCAAAGUUAAACCACCUACACCCCUCGCAGCUAACACCUCAUCUUCCAUAUACUCUGCAUGUCAGAAGAUUGACUCAGGGGAGGUAAUCGGUACCGGACAGAGCCACCUCCUCACUGCCAACCAUCUUGAGGGUCGGGACACCAUGUUUGACCACCUGCAUGGAAACCUAAUGAAAUAUCUCCCUAAAGAUAAAACUGAGGAGGAGAUAGUUAUAGCGCCAACUUUCCACUUCCUGAGUGCAGGAAGGAUGGUUCCUCAAGGCUUGGAGCUGCCCUCUCAAGCAGGGCUACCUACCACUGUUGCUGUGUGGUGGACUGGGGGCUCCCAUGUGAUGCACUACUCUCUGCUCAAGACAGCCAAAGAUUUUGAGCACAAGCCUGAUGUAGUAUGGCCGUUCAGCUGCAGGAUCCGCUGCACCACCGUGUCCUCCUGUACAGUUCUCCUGGCGGUCGGCCUGGAGGACGGCACUGUCGUCCUCUGGGACAGAUACCUGGGUAUAGACAAAGGGGUGAUCCGUAUUUGUCAAGAUGUGCCCAUUGAGAGGUUGAAGUUCCUGGAUCCAAGUAUUUCACAACCGACCAGUCAGGGUUAUCCCCCUUACAGGAAGAAGAGCGACAUCUGUCUGCUGAUCCAGGGUCGGAAUGGGGCAGAGUAUAUCUACAACACAGAGGAUGGACCACAGACAAGGCCUAUCUGCCUUGCAGGAGUGCCUGACAAGGAUGAGGAGAAGGAGACUAUUCUUGACACGAUGCCUGAUGUACCGGAACUGCUCUUGGUGGUGCAACAGAACGGCUCCCUCUUGCUGAAGGAUGUCGUCACUGGAUCCAACCUGUGUCAGAUGACCUUGCCCUCCACACACCAGCUGACCAACCCAUGGGAACCAGUUCUUGCUUUUGGAUCAGGAGGACAACUGUUGUAUGUCAAAGGUACAAAGAUAGAUAUGGAAGAAGCCUCUGAGGUGGUUGAGGAGACUGAGAUGGAGGAGAUUCCUCCAGUCAGCAUGUCGUCUCUGUUCAUCUUCCAGCUGCGUUCCUUCCCCUCCCUUGACCCCUACUGGAAGCGGGAACGCGAGGCCGUCUCGUACCUGGUCCACACCACCCUGGAGCAGAGGCUGGACGCCCUCAUGAAGGAGAGACUGGCCCAGCAGGGUCUGCGUAAGAUGAGGAUGCAGUCGCGGUGGGGGAUGUUGCGGCAGGAGCUGGAUCUCAUACAGCAGUCUCGGGAUGUGGCCAAGAGGAGGGCGCUGUCCAGGGUACCGCUGCGAUAACUCUAGCUACCAUCAGUCCGUGAGUGCAUCUACCUACAAAUCCUCAUCUUCCAUCCUUCUCAUAUGAAACAGAAGACCUCUUGUAAAGGAGGGCCAGAAAUCACACCCAACUAUCCUUAGAGAACAUGGUGUACUAAGUAAAGAUAAGAACCAGUCCAUCACAUCACAGAGGAGGACAUGAUCUUAUUAUUCUGCCAGGGCCCUGUUCCACAAAAGUUAUCUUAGCACUAAGAUGAUUCUAACUCCCAUACUGUAAGAUUGCCUUACACCAGUUCUAGUAGGGCUUAAGAUGAUUCUAACUCCCAUACUGUAAGAUUGCCUUACACCAGUUCUAGUAGGGCUUAAGAUGAUUCUAACUCCCAUACUGUAAGAUUGCCUUACACCAGUUCUAGUAGGGCUUAAGAUGAUUCUAACUCCCAUACUGUAAGAUUGCCUUACACCAGUUCUAGUAGGGCUUAAGAUGAUUCUAACUCCCAUACUGUAAGAUUGCCUUACACCAGUUCUAGUAGGGCUUAAGAUGAUUCUAGCUCCCAUAUUUUAACACAGACUUAUGACAGACAUUGUGCUAAGAUCAUUUUGUGAAAAGGGCUUCUAGUAAAUGAAAGUCUGAAAGAAGUUAGGCCUCUCCAGAGCCCUGUUCCAUCAAAAGAAUGUAGUUCUCUGGCUGCCGCAACUCCCAUCCAUCCUGAUUUUAUGCCCAUGCUGUGAUAUUGAUGAAAAAUAUUCCAAAUAUUAUCUUUGUUGUAAAAUGUUUAUUUGCGUUAUAUCAACUUUUAUAUUAUUUAUUUGACAGAAUAUUCUUGAGCAUUGAUAGCUUAUAUCACUGGCUGUACAUUAAAGGUUAAACAGUGGUAUUAGCCUAGAAUGAUGUUUUUGUACAUUCAUGUCAGUUAUGAUGAUAAAUAUGAUAAAGACUA